CACGUGCAGGGAAAGUGUGGAAAACAUUAACGCAGAAGAAGCAGAACUGUAUCUCUCGUGUGUUUGUGUUUGUGCUGAAAAUUCACAGAACUUGGAUCUAAUGUUAUUGUUCCGUGUUUACAGCCUGGCUUUAUAGUCCACAUGUAUACAGGUAUUUAAGUAUUUCCUGUUUGGUCGAGAGAGAGAGAGAAUAUGUUUGUAGAGCUGAACAGCAUCCUCAACACCAGCCCUGAUGACGUCACACAGAGAGAAUUUAUCCUGCUGUCAGACAGGAAGGCAGAUGCGUCUUUCCUCAUCCAUCACUACCUCAGCUUUUAUCUGAAGGCUGGCUGUAAAGUGUGUUUUGUGGGCCUGGUGCAGUCGCUCAGUCACUACAGCGCCGUGGCUCAGAGGCUGGGAGUGAAUCUGGUGCAGGCGAGAGAGAAAGGUCAGCUGGUGUUUGUAGAAGCUCUGAAGGCCUCGGCUGCGGUGAUGCUCGACCAGACCGGCGGUGAUGUAGCGCAGAUGUUCGAUUAUCUCAGAUCCCCGGUCCCGGAGCUCAGAGCUCUGUUUGAGUUUGUGCGUGCCUCUCUGAGUCAGGCCGAGGCCGAGGCGGACUCGAACUCUCCCCCGGUGCUGAUCGUGGAUGAUCUCAGUGUGCUGUUGAGUUUGGGCGUCAGCGUCAAAGCCGUUCUGGACUUCACACACUACUGUCAGGCCGCCAUCUGCUCCCAGCUCCAGGGCUCUGUUGUAACUCUGGUACGAUGUGACGACGAUGAUGAUGAUGAUGAAGAUGAGAGCUCCAGCCAUCUCCUGCGGGCUCUGAGUCAUCAGUGCACCCUGUCUCUGCGUGUGGAGGGGCUUCGGACCGGUUACUGCAGGGACAUCCACGGCCAGGUGGAGAUUUGGUGGAGAGGAACAGGAGAGAACGUGCAGAGCCAGAGAAAGAUCUUUCAGUACAAAGUUUAUGAUAAAAGCGUGUCCUUCUUUGCACCGGGAACCUCGAGUGCCGUGCUUUAACAGCUCACCAUGAAGACUGAUAAAGAUGAUGAUGAUGAUGAUGGAGGACUCGUUGUGUUACUCGGACUUGUUGUGUUACUCGAACUCUGAUGGCUCUCAAACUUCUUUAGGCUUUUCAUAUGAAUAUAUUUUCCUUCAUAAUUUUCAAA